AAUUACUGUAAUCAGAGAUAGGUCUACAAUUCCCCAUUGCUUGCAGUCCGAUGUGCGAUCUACACGACAGCAACUUAUCAGUAUUAGCUGUGCUAGUCCACAACGUUCACUUCUGUCCAUGAGAUAUCACGUGACAAUACCACUCGCUCCCUCAUUUAUGGCUGUUCGUAUCGGCCUCCUGCACUCCACGCCAAGAAUUUCACCUAGCCUCCUGGCACAAGGUCAUGAUGCCCAUUCAUUUACCGCGACAUGCAACUGCACGAGCACUACUGGCUGCUAGAUUCACGAGUCACUAGAAACUAUGCCCACCUCCCUUUUGAUACCGAAGCCGCACAGAGGGUGCCAUGGCCACCGCUAUAUGCAGCUCCACAGAUAUCCGCGAAGUCGAUGCUCCGUUAUAUCUCCUGCCAAAACACCACUACGCACAGCCCUUUUCUUCCCCGGCCAUGGGGUUCAGCGCAUGGGAAUGGCAAAUCCAUGGCUUGAGAUGUUUCCCACAAUAUCCAACAAAGUCAUGAGCGAGGUGGACUCCACCUUGGGUUUCCCAUUGUCUCGAUUCAUAUCCCAGGGCCCUAACUCGGAGCUCAAUAAGACGGAAAACUCGCAACCCGCUAUCAUGGCUACAUCAUUGUUGAUACUCCGGAUACUAGAACACGAGUUCGGCUUCAAUACAGAUACGCUAGUAGACGUUACCCUGGGCCACAGCCUGGGCGAGUUCACUGCUCUGGUUGCUGGGGGUUACCUUGAUUUUGGGGAUGCGCUAAGAUUGGUCAGACGGCGUGCAGAGAUCAUGUCCCAAUGCACGAGAAAGGCCUUCGAAACAACAGGAGAUGAAUAUGGCAUGGUAGCUCUUGUCUGCGAGCCUGAUCAUUUCCUGGAAUUGCUGGAAGCCAUCCACGAGUUUCUUGGACUCGCGAAGCCAGCAUUGAAAGACGACACUGAUCACGGGGCUUCAGCAUUCCAGGAUGUCAUGAUUGCAAAUAUAAACUCUAAUAACCAAAUCGUACUUAGCGGCAGUAUUGCAAAAAUCAGGACUCUGAUAGUCCAGCUCCGUCAAUUUGGAGGCCACGAUCCUCGCGCGGUGAAACUAAAAUGCGAGAGUCCGUUCCACAACCCUAUCAUGGCACCAGCUGCUGACUACAUGCGAUAUGCCCUGGAGAAUAUUAACAUCAGAUUUCCCACACAUAUGCAAUUCGUAUCAAAUGUUUCAGGUCUGCCGACUAGUUCAAUAGCGGAGUUGAAGGCUCUGCUCUCUCGGCAAUGCGUUGAAACCGUUAGGUGGUGGGAUAGCAUUCGAUAUCUAGAUCAGGAUCACGGUGUGACUCGUUGGAUUGGAAUAGGGCCAGGGAAGGUUGGCAGAAACUUGGUUGGUAAGGAAGUUGGCAAGAUCAUGGUCAAGGGUGGUGGUGUCUGGUCCAUAUGCGAUCCUCGGGAGCUGGAGGAUAUUCUAAGUAAUUUGGAAAAAUCGGGUACCGAUCCCGAGUACUAAGUUCUUACACUUGUCAUGGCGUAGAUAUAUUGCUGUGGAUCUUAACCUUGAGCCAUGUACAGCCAAUCUCCCUUUCC